AUGCCCGGUCCCAAGAAGCCGGCCCACUACUCGCCAACCAAGCGCCCGUCGCUGUCGAUGGCAGAGUCCGAGCUCGUCUGCAAAACGCUGGACCCGGACGCGACGGACGUGCUGAUCGACAAAUGGCUGGAGCAUCACAACCAGUCGUACUGGGACUGGUUUUUGCGCGUCCGCGAGAGGCGGCAUAGCGCGUUGCAGAUGCAGCCACAGCGCGGAGAGCAGGUCUUGAUCUGGAACAAGGGCGAUUUUGUGCCAGAGAAUAUAUUUCUGCGUACUGUCGACACCGGGCGCCUUAUUCCGCUUGAUCGCACCUGGACCACCCAUGUCUACCACCAUCGCUCUAUGCAGGAUCGAAAGCUCUCUAUGAUGCCUGUAGUCUUUACCAUGUUGCCCGAACUCAUGCUCCUGAGAGGCAUGCACGAUCACGGCUGCGACGACAUCUACAUCAUCGUGACCGACAUGAAGCGCACCGAGAUGGACGCGGCCACCAAAUACUUCCAGCUCGUAUGUCAACACACGUUCGGCGACGCACCAGUCAAGGCCAGCCUCGAGCGGGAGAUCUACCAGCAGCACGUCAAACUGAAGCACACGCUCGAACACCAGCGACGCACGCCAUGCUUCCCGCAGAUUGAUCUCGCGUUUCGCGCGAUCUUGGCCGAGAGGCGUCCGCCGUUCAUCAUACUCUUCAGCCAUCAGACCACCUCGUUCUCCCAGAUCUUCUUCGCACAUCCCCUGUUCGUGCCCGCCGAGGAGAUAUACUUCGACUUUCCGUCUGGAUGCCCGAAUCCGGCGUGUACGGAGGAUUGCGAGAUGAUACGCUUCCCGCGUCGUGGAUUGGAGGGUGCCGCCGUGUUGCCGCUGAAAAGAGGUCGCUCGGGUCCGUUCAAGCGCGUACGGCCGCAAGAGAUGUGCAAUUGGAUCGACUGCGGUGUCAGCUUCAUCGACGAUAUACCGGAGGGCAGUGAGAGCUCUCGAUCCAGCGCGGACUCCGUGGAUGCUCCGCAAGGAGUACGAGGGCAAGUCUGCAGCAAGUGCAAACUCGUGAAGUAUUGCUCUAUUAAAUGCCAACAUAACGACUGGGACGAGCACCGGCGUAUCUGUGUACGCCCGGGCGAAGUCUAG